GAUGUUGAUAUCCAAACUCUACCAUUUCCAAUUUCGUAUAUAGUUCAUAUCAGGAAGGAUCGACAGCGACGUCUGCCUGGGCCAACAGAACUAGGUGCCUGACAUGUAACGGUUGCAGAGAUUCGCGUUCGGCUGGUCGUGCUGUUUCAAUUCCAUAUCUUUCACCGAAAGGAAUUAUGUGAGUCAUGGCUGCAUUGGAGGCUGCAUCGCACGAGCUUUGCAUCAGCCUCCAUCAGCCCUGGGCUAGUCUACUGGUGUAUGGGAUAAAGCGCAUUGAGGGUCGAGAUUGGCCAAGCAAGUACAGAGGGAGACUAUGGAUCCAUGCAACUAGCAGACGACCUGAUGCGCAGACAGUGCAGGAGCUGGAAGACUUUUACAGGAAGGUGCAUGAUAUGGAUGGCCACAAGCCAGAGUUUCCUGCCAAGUAUCCCACUGGUGCACUCAUUGGCUGUGUCUCCCUGGUGGAUGUGCUGACGGCAGAGCAGGUGGAGGCUUGGCAGCUGCCAGCAUCAGUCAAGGAGGAGGUUGGCUCGCCCUUUGCCUUCCUCUGCGAGGAUACCAGGAUCAUGACGGCUCCCAUCUGCAUGCGUGGAUGGCCCAGACUGUGGCCGCUGCCUGCUGAAACUGUCAGAAGGGCAGAGCUAUUCCUCUUGACCCCACCACAGCUGGGGUGCAAGGGCUUCCGAUGGUCAGCAUUUGAGCGGCCGAAGGACUUGCUUCAGCAAGAUCUGCCUGUGAACCCAGCGCGCAACCGCUUCAAGGAAAGAUAUGGGUCGCCUCUUCAGAUACAGUCGGGCCACAGGAAAAGCCUCCUGCCUCACGUGCUUGAUGGUGAGGGCACACUUGAGGCUCCUAAAAAGCGUUUAAAGAUAGGCGAACGCAUUCUGUGGAAUGUCGAUGAUGCAAAACGCAUCACCUUCACAUAAAAAGACAUAUGAAGCCAGCUGCUUGAAUUCAGCAUGGAACUUGCACAAGAUUAAUGGGAUCGGUAAAUGGGAUUGUUGCCAUGAAAGUUUGCGGGGAUCAAUUGAGGCUGAAUGUGCGAGCAAUUGUGCGAGUCUAGUGAGUUUGGAACACUGCAGCAUUUUGUGGCAACCUUAUAAUUAGUUAUGUAUCCCUUUUUGUCAUUGUGUCUUUGUUGGUGUAGGGUUUUAUGUGAUAGUGAAGUGGUGUAUGUCAAAAGUAGUGUGCAACAAUGCAUGAUAGGUACAGAUUUGAUGUGAUCUUUUUUAAAAUGUUACAUUCUG